AAACCAUCACAAGCGAUCCCAGGGUGUACUUGUUUCGUCGUUUUCUAUAUAUACAUAUAACUUCAUACGAUACGUCGCAGCAAGCAGCGUCUCAUUUAUGGCACUUGUGAAAAGUGGAAGAGUAAAGCAGGUGCAACAGCGUUUGUAGAGGGGUGCAAGAGAUAUAGGUUUGACUCCAUCCAGGCACACUUCUCAAACAGCAGGCACCUUAUGUGUAGAGCGGCAGAGAUAGUGGCAGAAAGACAGGCAGCUGAUGCUGCUUCACUACCAGCCACAUGCCUACAACUUCGACAACACCAUCGAUGCAGUCAUGGAGAGCAUGAAUGCCUCCGGCGACGCGUUCCUCGCGAUGGACCGCUCCGACGAAGAGCUCCCCGAAGCCAGCGAGGAUGUCGUUGCCGUGACGACGGACGCUCGUCGCGGAGCAGAGCCCGAGUCGAGUUUGUAUGCUGCCGUGAAGGACCCGCAGGUGGCGGAUGACCCGGAAACAAGUUUCACGAGCGGGAAUCGGUCGAGUAUUGGGAAGCGUAAGGACCUGCCGGCCAUAAAAAUGACAGAUUAUGGCAGUACUGGUGACCUCAUGGGUGAUGAUGAGUCGGGAGAUACCAAAAAGGCGGAGAGACGUGUGGGUAUAGUAGACAACGCACUGGACGAAGCCCCCAGCUCUCUCAGUGUCCCAGUAAUUGAUCGACAGGACACCAUUUUCUACAUUAAAGAGUCGCACAGGCAGAGAGUGGAGAGUGAGAGCAAGCAAGAUGAGACUCUUCUAUCUGCGCCCAGCGAAAAGACACCCUUGCUGGGUGGCAUGAAGACAGAGAGAAGCAACAGCUGGAGCAGUGAGGCGUCCGACGUGUGGGCGCGAGGAUGGACAGACUUCUGGACGUGCUGCACAUGCCGGCUGCCGGAAAAGUGGCACGAGUACCUCGUGAAUAUCAAAGUGAUCGUUCUCUCAGUGGCCGUCCUGCUCGUCUGCUUACUUUUCACGCUGGCACCCGUGUCAGACAUGCAUUGGUCUCAGUUUGCUGUUUCCAAGGACUAUGACACCAGUAUUAACCUGACGUGGGACGCGCUGACCUCCGUCCUGCAGGUGGAGCUGAAGGGACCGAUGGUCAGCGAGGCUGAGGACAUCGACUCUCUCGCCAACACUGUCACCUUGAACGUCCUUCGUCUCAUGAAGGAUGGAUCCACGCAGAAUGCAAGCUCCUUCUGGACAUUGGCACUAAAAAAUGAGGAGGACAUUGCCGGUUCGCUGUCCUUGCAGACUGAUGCAAAGCACUUCUUUGACAUCAAUAUAACAGAGGACAGUGACAGUGUCGCCAUCUACCAGCUGAAGAUACAAUCGACGUCCGACUAUCUUGCCACCCUGCUUGUGUCCUACGCCAACGUUGCAGGUUCUCCUGAUAGUCAGGUCGUCUACGCUGCCAUAAUACUCGUCUUGAUGUACGUCCUUAUCAUCUUUGAGCUUGUUCAUAGGACUGUGGCGGCAAUGCUGGGAGCUUUAGCGGCCAUGGCAGUUCUCGCAUAUCUUCGAGAGAGACCAACGCUCGACAUGGUGAUGACGUGGCUGGAUUUCGAGACACUGGGACUUCUGUUUGGCAUGAUGGUCAUUGUUGGAAUCUUCAUGGAGACAGGGUUCUUUGACUACGUUGCUGUUCAGGCGUACAAGAGAGCUAAGGGACAGGUGUGGCCACUCAUCACGACACUGUUGCUGGUUGCCGGAGUGUUCUCUGCCUUCAUGGACAACGUGACGACGAUACUGCUGCUCGUGCCGGUCACUAUCAGGUUGUGUGAGACACUCAAUCUCGAUCCAAAGCACGUUCUCAUCGCUGAGGUGAUUUUCUCUAACAUCGCUGGCAGUGCGACGGCCAUCGGCGAUCCACCAAACGUCAUCAUCGUAUCCAAUUCGGAGUUUUCAAGAAAGGGCAUCAACUUCAAUACUUUCACGCUGCACAUGACCAUCGGCGUCGUGAUAGUUGCGCUUGUCUCCUACUGCCACCUACGAUUCAUGUACCGACGUCGGCGUUAUCUGCAGUUUAAGGACCCGCCGGAGGUACAAGAGAUCAAGCACGAGAAGGACAUCUGGCGGCGGACACGGAACUCGCUAAUGUACGGGACGCGCGAGGCGGAGAGGAUUCGCGUCGUACUCUCCUGGAAGAUGGAAGACCUGGAGAAUCGACUCGCAAUCACGAAGGAGGAGCUGGAGAAGAGCACAAGAAUAGAAGAAGAUUUCCAAAGCAAGCUGCACCAUUUGGAACAGGAGUACAAGGUCAAGGACAAGUCCCUACUCAUCAAGACAUCCAGCGUACUGGUCAUCGUGAUCUUGCUGUUCUUUCUCGAGCCUUUGGAAGCUCUUCAUUUGAGCCUUGGCUGGAUAGCCAUCAUGGGAGCCAUCGUGCUGAUGAUCGUCUCUGAUCGGAUGGAGAUUGAGAGCGUCAUCAACAGGGUGGAGUGGACAACCCUCAUCUUCUUCGCCGCUCUGUUUGUGCUCAUGAAGGGAAUGGAAAAGCUUGGCUUGCUUGCCUAUAUCGGCACAGUGACCGCAGACAUCAUCUCAUCUGUAGAGGGUGAAAACCGGCGCCUCCUAGUGGCAAUCGUGUUAAUUACAUGGGUGUCGGCUUUUGCGUCUAGCUUUAUCGACAAUAUUCCCUUCACAACCGCCAUGGUUAGUGUUGUUACACAACUAGCAGAAGAUCCAAAAGUUGGAGUUCCUCUUGGGCCUAUGGUUUGGUCACUUGCCUUUGGUGCUUGUUUAGGCG